ACUUGGAAACUCCCGUUCCCCCUUUCUACCGCUUCGUCGUCCCCCUGCGGCCCUCCAAUCUUUCUUUCCGAGAGAAGAGGUGGAUCGACUCAAAAUUUUCCCCGUUCCCUCCUCUUUGAGCGCUGAAAUGCGAGCAGGGAGGCAAGGCCUCGGAGAAGGACGGGCGGAGGACGAGGUCUGAGGAUUUCACUGUCACUGGUGGCCGAGGAGGGACGGACCCACUCCUCUUGAGGUGACUCGGGGCCCUUCGCGAAGCCUUUUCGGUGGGAGGCGGAUUGGAGACGACGGUUUUGUGGUUACUGGUUUUCGAUCCCUCUCUGCUGCUGGUUUUGGGUAUCUGGCUGUACUGUUACUAUCUUUUGACUUGGAAAGGUGGAGUCUUUGUGGUUUUCAUGGGAUAUGGAGGACGGGGGAAUGGAAGGGAAUAAAAAAGGGAACAUGAAGGAAUCUUUGAAAGUGGAGGCAAAACUCUGGAAAACUUGAGAUCUGCUGAUGGAUUGAAUGAAGCUUUCUAGUUCAAAUGUUAAGAGCAUUGUGGCAUGGGCUUCUGAUUUCGUCCCUCUUCUUCUGUGCAUCCGCCAUACAGAUUGGAUUCCCCCGGUGCAACUGCGAUGGCGACAGCCUCUGGAGCACGGAGAGCAUCCUCCAAUGCCAGAAGGUGAGCGACUUCUUGAUUGCGGCGGCGUACUUCUCCAUUCCCCUCGAGCUCAUCUACUUCGCAACAUGCUCCAACCUCUUCCCCUUCAAAUGGAUUGUGUUCCUGUUCGGGGCCUUCAUAGUCCUCUGUGGACUCACCCACAUGCUCAAUGUGUUCACCUACGAGCCCCACUCAUUCCUUCUGAUGCUGAGCCUCACUAUUUCCAAAUUCUUUACCGCACUUGUCUCAUUUGCGACGGCGAUCACCCUCUUGACCUUGAUACCUCAGCUCCUGAGAGUGAAGGUGAGGGAGAACUUCUUGAGGAUAAAAGCCCGGGAGCUGGACAGGGAAGUAGGAGAGAUGAAGAGGCAGGAGGAGGCCAGCUGGCAUGUGCGAAUGCUGACCCAAGAGAUCCGUCGGUCGCUCGACAAGCAUACGAUCUUGUACACCACUUUGGUCGAGCUCUCGAACACAUUGGGCCUGCAGAAUUGUGCUGUAUGGAUGCCGAAUGAGAACAGAAGGGAAAUGAAUCUGACUCAUGAGUUGAGACAGAGAAGCUCGUCGGAUUUGUACAGUCAUUCGAUUGCAAUUGAUGAUCCAGAUGUAAUGGAGAUCACAGAAACCAAGGGUGUGAAGAUAUUGAGGCCGGAGUCCAUGCUUGCCUCUGCAAGUAGUGGAGGCACGCAUGAACCGGGAGCAGUGGCUGCUAUACGAAUGCCAAUGUUAAAGGUGUCCAAUUUCAAAGGUGGGACACCACAGAUUGUUGAAACAAGCUAUGCAAUACUGGUUCUGGUCCUUCCUAGAGAUGAUUCAAGAGUUUGGAGCUACCACGAACUAGAGAUUAUUGAAGUAGUGGCUGAUCAGGUUGCAGUUGCCCUCUCUCAUGCGGCGGUUUUGGAGGAAUCCCAGUUGAUGAGAGAGAAGUUGGUGGAGCAGAACAGGGCUUUGCUGCAUGCAAAGCAGGAUGCCAUGAUGGCAAGCGAAGCAAGGAACUCAUUUCAAAGGACCAUGAGCCAGGGGAUGAGAAGGCCCAUCCACUCCAUCUUGGGUCUGUUGUCUAUAAUGCAACAAGAAAAAUUGAGUCAAGAACAAAGGCUCGUAGUUAAUACAAUAGCAAAAACCAGUAGUGUUGUGUCAACAUUGAUUAGUGAUGUUAUGGAUACAUCUACCAUCAACAGUGAGCACUUUUCUUUGGUCAUGAGACCCUUCCAGCUGCAUUCUAUGAUUAAGGAAGCUGUUAAUGUUGUCAGAUGUCUUUGUGAUUGUAGAGGUUUUGGUUUUGAAUUUCAGGUUGACAAUGCAGUGCCUGAUCGGGUUGUUGGUGAUGAGAAACGGAUUUUUCAUGUAAUAUUGCAUAUAAUAGCUACUCUAUUUAAUGGGCAUGAUGAAGGGUUUGUCACGUUUGGGGUGCUUAACUAUGAUGAGGUCAAGGAUGGUCAAGAUCGGGAAUGGGUUCCAUGGAAAUCUAGCUUUUCCAAUGGAUAUACCUGUGUGAAGUUUGAAAUUGGAAUAAAGAGAUUGCAAAAUGAUGAGCCAGGUGCAUCAACAGUUCAACUUGCUCCAAAACCCUAUUCUGAAGGGUUUGAGAUGGGUCUCAACUUCAGCAUGUGCAAGAAGCUUGUCCAGAUGAUGCAGGGAAACAUUUGGGCAGUUCCAAAUUCUCAGGGCAUUGCACAAAGCAUUACACUUGUUAUCCAAUUCCAGCCGCAACCUCUCACCCCUGUCUCUGAUGUAGGAGAAUCCUCAGGUCUUUAUCGUGCAUCUUCAAUCCCUAAUUUCAAAGGUCUCAGAGUUCUCCUGGCUGAUAAUGAUGAUGACAACAGAGCUGUUACCCGAAAGCUCCUCGAGAAACUAGGUUGCUCCGUCUCCUCUGUCACAUCUGGCAUCCAAUGUCUGAGCUCCUUCGGCACCACUUCUAUGCAUUUCCAGCUUGUAAUGGUGGACCUUCACAUGCCCAAAAUGGAUGGAUUUGAAGUAGCCAUGAGAAUCCGGAAGUUUAGGAGCAGGUGCUGGCCAUCGAUUGUGGCUCUGACUGCGAGUGCCGAGGAUGAUGUAUGGGAUAGGUGCUUGCAGUGUGGGAUAAAUGGUCUGAUUCGAAAACCAGUCACUCUGCAAACACUGGCAGAAGAGCUGCAUAGAGUCCUUCAAAACACUUAGGACAGCUCUCCAUUAUUUCUCCAGGAUUAAUGCAGGGGAGUUAUUCUCAUGAGUCUGCUCUUUUUCUAUUUUGGAUUAAGCAGGGUUUUGGCAGUACCAUCAUUAUACAAGUUGUUUGCACGUCAAGGACAUGUAUAGAGAAUUCAGAUAGGAUUUUUGAUUUAGCCAUAUGUGAACAGAUUAUACACUUAAUAUUGAAGAUCAAAUGCAGAUAAUCACCCAAAUCCAUCUCUUGAACUUGUUUCGUUC